CACCAGUCCAACAGUACAUCAAUUCACGACCCACUAAGUCCCUAAGCUUGCUACUACCUACUACCACCAAGCUAAACCUGUUCACGACCACGUCAUGGCUCUCAAUGACAAGGACAUGGCCCUAGGCGGGAACAAGGGCAUUGACCUCUACCCCGGUGUGGCCAACCCAACCGCGUCCUCGACGCACUCAGACCCUCUCGCGUCCAACUUUGUUAGUAAUGCCACUGGUGCUGGCGAGGGCCCUGGCUUCAGCGGCGGGCGCGAGGCCAGGCGGAACUUCAGCAAGACCGCCGGUGUCGUUGAGGGCCGCCCUGGCAUUAUCGAGUCGGCGAACAUCGAUCCGCUGAACGAGAACUCUAACAAAGACGACGGCUGGGCGAAUGCCUCUGGCACAGGUGCCGACGCAGGCGGCUGGAGCUCCACAGCGUCAGACGCUGUGGAUACCACGUCGUCGUAUGCGGCGAGUGCGGCGACCGUCGCUGCUGGUACUACGAAGAUGGCCUAUGGACAUGUGGUGGGCGACGAGGCGACAAAGCAGGCGGGCAAGGAGCAGGUCUGGGGCAAGCAAUAGACGACGUGGUAAAACCUGCAUGACUGCUGCAACGAUACAUCGCAAUUUAAAG